GAGCGCCUGCGUGCCAGCAGCCAAUCUUAUGCUCCCACAAACUUAGCAGAGACCUCAGACAUGAUGGGCCGUAGACGUGGUAAGGUAGGAGGACCCCAGGGCGGGCUACCUCUGCUGUCGCUGCUGUUGUUCCUUCUGCUGUUCACCACUGUUGCAGCAAAGAUUGUCGAGAGCCUUUGGGAUGGCUUCGGCUACUACUACAAAAUCUAUGGCUACGCCAUGAACAACUCUGCCGACUACCAGAUGAUGCAAGUCAACAACAGUUGUGAGUGCCGUCGUAGGUGCCAGGUGGUGCCUGAAUGCAGCUCGGUAUCGGUAGUGACACUAGAGGAGACAUUUAGCAACAGGGACGGAUAUCUUAAAGCACUACAUGUCUCAAAGCCAGAACGUUGUUACCGAGAAACUCGCACAAUAAUAAACUUUCUCUUCUCUUUCUUCUCAUUUGACAUCAAACUCUAUCCAAAUAAGCAUUUAGCUAAGCACUCCCUGGUGACACAAUGUUCUGGCUUUGAAAGAUUUGGUGUUAGUUUCAUGAAGCCAGAAAUAAGCACACUGUGGAAGUCAGUAGAGGAUGAUGGAUUUACAUACACACCAACAACAUUUACGUUCUCAUGGGGCUCACCUCCAUCCUGGUGUAAUAAAGUUGUCACCAUUACAACCCUGGACCAGAUGAGGAUUAUCAUGAAGACAGCAUCAAAAAACACGCCUUAUAAUGUGGAUUUGUAUCGUGGACCAAACAGCCAGCCAACUUGGAACCACCAAGAAGCCGCCAUACCAUACAACCAGACGGAGCUCGACCCAGCACGCAUCGUUGACAACAUGCCCUUACAUUUGUCCUCCAAGUUCUACUUGCAACACAACGGCUCUCAGUACACUUUUAUUGGUGGCUCUGGCACACCCUAUACUGUCCUCUGUCAGCUCAAUCCACUUAAUCUGGCACAAUAAUAUCACAACAACUUGCUUCUCUCACUCAUCAACUACGGUUAUCCUAAUAGCUUAACCAACUUGAAAAUGGCACUUAAAAUGUGGCCUGAUCAUCCACUGUUUUCCUUAAUUUGCUUGUGCAGUUGUAUUAUAGUUUUCUAAGUUAAACCAUGUGAAAGAUAACAUAAGAUAAUUUAAUUAAACUUCUACUUUCUGACGCUUAUGCAUUAAUGUGCAUAUUAAGGCAUUUGCAUUAGUACAGCACUCGUCAGAAAGUAGUACUAUAAUAAGAACAUAAGGAAGAAGAAACACUGCAGCAGGCCUAUUGGCCCAUGCAAGGCAGGUCCAAGUCACCUACCACUGACCCAACCUAAGUGGAUGUGACCUAACUAGCUAGGUCUGGUCACAUCCAUUCAAGGAAGGAGCACGUCAUCAGACCUAUCAGCACAAGCUAGUCAGGUCCAGCUCGCACCCACUCGUGUAUUUAUCUAACCUAUUUUUAAAACUAUACAACGUUUUAGCUUCUAUGACGGUACUCGGGAGUUUGUUCCACUCAUCCACAACUCUGUUACCAAACCAGUGCUUUCCUAUAUCCUUCCUGAAUCUGAAUUUUUCCAACUUAAAACCAUUGCUGUGAGUCCUGUCUUGGCUAGAUAUUUUUAGCAUGCUAUUUACAUUCCCUUUAUUUAUUCCUGGUUUUCCAUUUAUACACCUCAGCCAUAUCCCCCGAUUCUACGCUUUCUAGAAUGCUGAUUCAGGGCCCUCAGUCUAUCCUCAUAGGGAAGAUUUCUGAUACAUAGGAUCAACUUUGUCAUCCUCCUCUGUACAUUUUCCAGCACAUUUCAAUCCAUUCUGUAAUACUGUGACCAGAACUGUGCAGCAUAAUCUAAAUGAGGCUUAGCCAAAGAUAUAUAGAGUAAGGACAACCUGAGGAGGACUGUUAUUUAUGCUUCUUGAUAUGAAGCCAAGGAUUCUGUUUGCUUUAUUGCAAACACUUAUGUACUGUUGUCUUGGUUUUAGAUGUACUGCUAACCAGAACUCCCAAAUCAUUUUUGCAAUCAGUAAUAUUAAGAGCUGCAUUAUUUAGUUUAUAUAUGGCAUGGUUAUUUUCCUGUCUAACAUUUAGAACUUUGCGUUUGUCUAUAUUAAACUGCAUCUGCCACUUCUCCGAUCACUGCAUCAGUCUAUUCAAAUCUUCCUAGUGCUCUAAUGUCCUCAUUACAAUGAAUCAGGAGCCCUAUUUUGGUGUCAACAGCAAACUUGCUUAUGCUGCUAUUUAUUCCCUCAUCUAUGUCAUUUACGUAAACUGUGAACAACAAAAGGCCCAACACUGACCCCCCUGGAACACCACUUGUGACGCACCCCCACUCUGAUUUCUCCUCACUGAUGCAAACCCUCUGCUGCCUGUCAACCAUGCCUCUACCCAGGAAAAAAUUUCUCAUAUUCCCUGUGCCUUAAUUUUCCUCAAUAGCCUCUGAUGUGGAACUCUAUCAAAAAACCUUACUGAAGUCUAUAUGCACAAUAUAUCAUAUUCAUUACCAUGAUCUACCUCCUCAAAUACCUUUGUGAAAAAAGUUAGUAAAUUCGUAAGGCAGGAAUGUCCCUUUGUAAAACUGAGCUAAGAUUCAUUAAUCAAUUUAUGCCUUUCAAAAUGGCUACAAAUUGCCUUGGCAAUUAUUGAUUCCAUAAAUUUUCCCACUAUGGAGGUAAGGCUUAUUGGUCUAUAGUUUGAAGCUAAUGACCUGUUUCCUGCUUUGUAAAUAGGUAUUACAUUUGCCAUUUUGCUCUUGUCUGGCACUAUGCCAGUUUGUAGUGAUAUGUUGAAAAGAUUAGCCAAAGGUUUGCUAAGUUCCUCUUCACAUUCCUUUAAAACCUUUGUAAACAGUUCAUCAGGGCCUGGGGAUUUGUUAGGUUUUAAUUUCUCUAUUUGUCUGAGGACCAUGUCACUAGUUACCUUAAUCGUGCAUAAUGCAAUUUAAAAGCAUCUUGUUCUACAUAAUUUAUUAUCUCUGGAAUUUCGCUAGUACCUUCCUGCAUAAAAACUGAGAGGAAGUGUUAAAAAUUUCGCACAUUUCCACAUCACUGUCAGUGUUCUGACCCGAGUUACUUUUGAGUGGGCCUAUCUUGUACCUAAUCUUACUUCUAUGUACAGUGGAACCUUGGUUUUCGUUUACCCUGGUUUGUGUCAGAUUUGGUUUUUGACAACUUUUUACAUCAAAAUACAGUGGACCCCCGCAUAGCGACCUUAAUCCGUGCAAGAGGGCUGGCUGUUAUGCGAAAUGUUCGCUAUGUGAAUGAAUUUUCCCCAUAAGAAAUAAUGGAAAUCAAAUUAAUCCGUGCAAGACACCCAAAAGUUUGAAAAAAAAAAAUUUACCACAUGAAAUAUACAUUUUCCUACACACAAAGAGAAGGAUACAUGCACAAUAGUAGAGUAGUACAUGCACAAUAUAUAUUGUGCAUGUACUACUCUACUAAAUGAAGAAUAAAUGACACUUACCUUUAUUGAAGAUGCAGCAAUGACUGAUGAGACACUGUGUCCUGGGAGUGCCUUUUCCUCCUGAGUACUGUAGGUCCUGUUUGGUAUUUUCUUCCAGAACAGGCCUUAUCACACUGUGUAUGUCACUACGAUUCUUAAAUCUCUCAAACCAACCUUUGCUGGCUCUAAAUUCACCAAUAUGAGCACUAGUUCCAGGCAUUUUCCCUGUUCACCUGG